UCAAACACAAACUAAGAAAGAUAACAGAAACAAGAAUGGAUUUAACACAAGUACUACACAUGAAUGGAGACGUGGAAGAAGCAAGCUAUGCAGACAACUCCUUAAUUCAGAGAGAGGCUAUUUCUUUGGCAACAUCUUCCAGAGUUAAAGCUAUAACAAAUCUAUAUUGCAGCUUGUCCCCUAGAAGUUUCGCUAUUGCAGAUUUGGGUUGCUCUUCGGGACCAAACACUUUGUUGGUGACCUCAGAAAUUAUUAAGGUUGUUGAAAAACUUUGUCAAGAGUUGAAUCAUCAAUCUCCAGAAUAUAAGGUUUUUUUGAACGAUUUAUCGGGAAAUGACUUCAACAGCAUAUUCAAAUCUCUUGACACAUUCAAAGAAAAACUACGCGAUGAAAUAAAAAUUGAAAUAGGUCCUUGCUACUUCUCUGGUGUUCCAGGUUCCUUUUAUGGUAGAAUUUUUCCUAACAAGAGUUUGCAUUUUGUCCAUUCUUCAUACAGCCUUCAUUGGCUGUCUAAGGUUCCUCGAGGUGUAGAUAAUAAUAAGGGCAAUAUUUAUAUCACGAACACAAGCCCAUCAAAUGUUCUCGAGGCUUAUUACGAACAAUUUCAUAUAGAUUUCUCUCUUUUUCUCAAGUGUCGUGCUCAAGAAAUAGUUGAAGGAGGUUGCAUGAUUCUAACACUUUUAGGAAGAGAAAAUGAAAAUCUAUUAAGCAAAGGGUCUUCUUACGGUUGGGAGCUUUUGUCUAAAGCUAUUAAUGAUAUGGUCAUACAGGGAAUUAUAGAAGAAGAGAAACUGAAUACAUUUAACAUUCCAAACUACUAUCCAUCUCCAUCUGAAGUGAAAUUGGAAGUUCUGAGUGAAGGAUCAUUUUCCAUCAAUCAAUUGGAAGUUUCAGAAGUAAUUGGACAUGCUCUUGAAUCUGAUAUGUCUGAAUCAAUGGUAAAAAGCACGAGGGCGGUAUUUGAACCGCUGCUUAUAAGUCAUUUUGGUGAAAGUGUCACGAAAGAGAUAUUUGAGCGUUUUAGAAAAAUAUUAAAAGCUGGAAUAUCCAAAGAAAGAACUAAGAUCACAAAUCUUACCAUAACAUUGACUAGAAAACCGUGAGCAAAUCAUUUUGUUUUUGGUUAAUAUUUUCUAAAUGAAUUUCAAAUUUUAUAGAGUAAUAUAUUAUUAUUAUUAUUAUUCUUAGUAUUAUUAUUAGUAUUAUUAUUAUUAUUAUUAUUAUUAUUAUUAUUAUUAGUAUUAUUAUUAUUAGUAUUGGGCUUUAAUUGUAUUUGGGCUUUUAGUUUUAUUAUCCAUUAUGGAGGUUAUAUAAUGUAGUGUCUUUGACACAUUU